AUGGAUUAUGAAUUAAAUGUAACAUAUAUAACUUUUGGUGGGCAUGUGGACGUGCACAAAUACAGAUAUCUUUAUUUUCUGAUCAUGUUUACAGUAUACAUUCUUAUAAUAUGCUGUAAUUCCACAAUUAUAUGCCUUAUCUGGAUUCACAAAAACCUUCAUGAGCCUAUGUACAUUUUCAUUGCAGCCUUGCUACUGAACUCUGUUGUUGUAAGCACUGCUAUGUACCCAAAGAUGUUAAUUGACUUUUUAUCUGAAAAACAGAUUAUAUCUUAUUCAGCCUGUCUCUUUCAAUUUUUUCUAUUUUACUCUUUAAGUGGUUCAGAAUUCUUAUUGUUGUCAGCCAUGGCUUAUGACAGGUAUGUGUCUAUAUGUAAACCUUUGCAUUAUCCAACUAUCAUGAGAAAAAACACUGUCAGCAUUUUCCUGAUUUUAGCUUGGCUUGUGCCUGCUUCUCAGAUUGCAGUGCCAGUAAUACUGAGUGCUGAUAUGAAACUCUGUAGCCUAACUGUAAAAGGAAUUUUUUGUAACAACGCCAUUUACAAUCUCCACUGUGUGAGUUCAAGAGCACGAUCUAUAUUUGGUGUUGUUGCUCUGAUGAACAUUGCACUUUUCCCUGUGCUCUUCAUACUUUUUACAUACACAAAGAUAUUUAUAAUAUCCUACAGAAGUUGUGGACAAGUCAGGAAAAAAGCUGCACAGACUUGUUUACCCCAUCUUCUGGUUUUAAUCAGCUUUGCCUGUUUGUGUGCAUAUGAUGUCAGUAUAGUUAGACUGGAAUCUGAUUUUACAAAAACUGCACGUUUAAUAAUGACAUUACAAUUUGUUCUUUAUCAUCCUCUCUUUAAUCCAAUUAUCUAUGGACUAAAAAUGAAAGAAAUUACUAAACACCUCAAGAGACUGUUCUGUCAAUCAAAAGAGAUCUAA